AUGUCGUCAGAAAAGAGGCAUUGGGAAUGUUAUUUUAAGUGUGCAACGGAUGGUGUUUUGCAUCGUUUCCCAAAUCCUCAUAAUAAUGAGGACAGGUUUAAUUUAUGGACGAAAGUUUUAGAUACCGAUAUGCAGAAAAGGGAUUCACAAUAUAUUUAUAACUGUUUGAGACUUUGUGAUAAACAUUUUGAAUUGUGCUAUCGCACACCGAGUAAGAAACUUACAAGGAAUGCAAUCCCAACUUUAAAUAUCGAUUAUCGCCAGGCAGCAAACCAACCAUUACUUAUGGAUGAAUUUAUUUUGAGUCAGGCUUCAAUUAAAGCUGAUGACACACCAAGUGUACCAGCACUAGAUGACAUGACCCAACCGCUUCUUAAAAUUGACUUGUUGGUAAAUAUGGUUCGAGGAGAAGUUCCAUGCUCACUAGGAGAUAUUUCAAAUAUAUGUUUACCAGACCUUGAAACUCCAUCCGCAUCUAAAGAAAUACUUCAGUCUGCAGACACAUUUAAAGCUGAAAAACAAAUGCUGAGAAAAGUUUAUAAGAUUGAAAAUAAAUUAAAAGAAUUGAGUGAUAAAUACAAAACUCAGUGUAAGAAAAUUAAACAUGCAAAGAAUUUGUCAAGGUCAAAACAUUUUCUAAAAUGUAUAGAAAAGCUUCCUGAGUCUAUACAAGUUUUUACAAAGAUGCAAAUGAAAAUGAAAUAUAAACCGAGGGGAAGAAGGUGUUUGCAAAAGCAAUUAAGCUUAAUUCCAUUGAGGCCUGGAAUAAAUCCUCAAAUAUUUAAUCAUAUAAAGAAAACUGUUAAAAGACUACCCAUGGAAAAAAGACUCUGUACCCUCAUCUUUGAUGAAGUAGCAUUGGAACCAGGACUUCAUUUUGAUAAAGGGCAAAUUAUUGGUUUUGAAGAUUUUGGUCAUAAAAAUACAAACCAAAUUGCCGACCAUGCAUUAGUUUUUAUGUUGAUAAGCAUAAAAGGAAAAUUUAAACAACCAAUAUGUUACACAUUUUGCAAAAGCUGCACCAAAAAAGACAAUUUAAAAUAUUUAAUAAAAUCACUUAUCAAAGAAGUGCACAAGACUGGUCUGAAAAUUAUUGCUACAAUAUGUGACCAGUCGCAAUCAAAUGUAAGUGUUGUGAAAAGUUUGAGAGAGGAUACGAGGAAAGAAUAUUUAAAACAAGGACUUGAACACAAGUCCUGUUCUUUUGAAAUAGAGAAUUGCAAGAUAUUCCCACUUUUUGACACUCCACACCUUUUAAAAGGAGUGCGUAAUAAUUUAUUAAAUAAAGAUGCAAAAUUUAUAGAAGAUGGUGUGGAAAAAAUUGCAAAAUGGGAACAUAUUAAAAUGUUAUUUAAUGAAGAUGUCGGAGAACAUGAAUUACGGCUCGUCAAUAAAUUGACAGAAUUUCAUAUUAAUAAAGAUAAAAUACCGAAAAUGAAAGUCAAAUUUGCAGCCCAAGUUUUUAGUCAAAGAGUAUCAUCUGCAAUAAGAUUUUUGGCAAGCCACAAAAUACUACCCACCGAGUGUCAAGAUACAGCCAGUUUUUUGCUAAUGUUUGACAAAUUAUUUGAUUCCUUCAAUGGACACACAUAUUCGGGUACAGAAAAGAAAUUUACAGGGUGCCUUAAAAAUGUUUCCCCCCAUGUAAGCUUAUGGAAAGAACUUGUUACAAUUAUAAAAUCAAUAAAAUUUAUAACAGUUAUUAAAAAUAAAGAUGGCACUGAAAAAGUUAAAUAUGAAAAAGUGCCAUCGACUUUAAAUUGGGCAGGGAAUAUUGAAACUUUCCUUGAAAUGUGGGAAAUGCUCCAAAAAGAACAUAACGUAACUAGUUUGCUAACCAGAAACUUCAAUCAGGACCCAUUAGAAAACUUCUUUUGUUGUAUCCGAAGUAAUGGUGUUCGAAACACGAAUCCUACCUGUGCUCAAUUUAUAAACGCAUAUAAAACGCUUUUGGUCAAUAAUUUAAGUUCACCCCACUCUGUAAACGCGAACUGUGAAGCAGAUGACAAUAAAUGCUUACAAUCAUUAUCAUAUCUUUUAAAAAGUACAACAGACAGUGUUCCACAAGAGGAAAAUAUUAAUUUUAAUAUUGACUUAUUAAUAGAAAAAUGGAAUAAGGCUUGUGAUGAAGAUCAACAUAAUAUAAUACACAAUGAAUCGAAACGAUAUGUCGCAGGGUACAUAAUUAAAAGAUGCCAAACAAAAAUUUUUAAAUCCUGCAAAGUAUGCAAAAAUAUAUUUUUAAUGAUAAAAUAG